AUGAGGCUCCUUAUGGAAUACGCCUACACCGGGACAGUGCCGGUCACGGAUGACAACGUUGAAAGUUUGCUAAUCGCGGCAGACCAGUUCAAUGUCCUGGACAUCGUCAGACUGUGCUGCGAGUUCUUAAAAUCCCAGCUGUGCUUGGAAAAUUGCAUCGGCAUGUGGAGAUUCACCGGCUACUACUACUGUCCUGACCUGCGAGAAGCAGCCCACGAGUUCAUCCUGCAUCACUUUGAGGAGGUGACCAAGGUGUCCACAGAGUUUCUGGCACUCUCCUUCAAUGAGCUGGAACGCCUGCUGGAGAAGGAUGAGCUCCCUGUGAAAGAAGAGGCCGUGUUCGAGGCCGUUCUGAAAUGGGUUGCCCAUGACCUGCAGAGCAGGAGGCAGCACGUGGUAGUC